GAUGGCGUGUAGGACACGAAUCUGGAAAACGUUCCGUGAACGAAUGUUGGAAAAAUACCAGCUAGGAGACGGAUUGUUGGACGUCUCUAACCUUCGUAAAGUAAGUAGGGAGAAAUUUGGGACGAUCGAAGGGUUCCUAAAAAGAUUUGAGAAGGUAGCUAAGAGGGUUCCCGAUCUUCCCGAUAAAAUGAAAUGCAUUAUCUUUCUGACCAACUUCACGGAUGUCGAGCAAAGAGAAUUGAUGAAGGGUUUUACUACCAGGUACGACUGGGAUAAGAUUAAGGAGAAUCUUAAGGUCGGUGACUUCGACCAAAUGCUCUAUCACCUCCUGCGCAAUCAAAGGAAAAUGCAGGAGGAUGAGUUAGUGAGUUGUGAUAAGGAUAAGAAGAUGUUCAGUGCGAUUAUGGAUGUUAGGAUGAUGAUGAAAGAAAUGAGGAAGGAGGGAUUGUGUGGCAAGGUACUGACGGUGAGGCAACAAGACGGCAAGAGAAAAGGAAAAGAAAGGGAAGAAGAGUCCGACGAGGAAGAUAGUGAAAAGCCCGUUCUCAGAAGAGGAACGUCACCAGUGGUCCUUCAAGCACAAAAGAUUAAGAAGGGGAUCCAACCUCGAGUCGCACCCGUUGUCAGUGCGAAGACGCAACAAGAGGUGCCGGUAGUAAUCGUGGAAGAAGACUUGGACACGGAAGAUGAGAAAUUAAGGGUAGAGGACGAGCGUCAGGCAAGGUUACACGCCCAGAAACGAGGUCUAGAUGAGAAUCAAGAUAAGGAAAAGGAUGAGGGAGAAGAGGAAGAGUACCAGAAGAAGAAGAACCGGUACACGAUUCCGAUUGAGGAAGGGAUCGACAUUGAGAAGAUGGUGGAUAAGAUACUUAAGAGUCAUCGAGAUUUGGUAACACUCAAGGAAUUUUUGGCAGUCUCGCCAAAGAUUUGGGAAGAGCUUAAGCAAAGACCAACUCGACGAAAAGUGAUGACGGUUAAACUAGGGAAGGUAAUCCCACCUGAGGCCAAUUGGACUCCUGCGGGAGCAAAGAUGGAUUGGAGGUGUAUAGCGACUGGACACGUAAUGGUCAAGAUAGGUGUUUCACAACAUCUUGCGCUCGUUGACACCGGAGCAGAGAUGAACAUACUAAGGGAAAAAGAGGCGCUAGAAUUAGGGAUUGAUUUUGAUCGCACUGAUAAUGGAUUUCUGGUUUGCGCCGGAGGGUCAACGCCCUUCUGUGGAACUGCCAGUAAUGUUAGUGUACAGGUCGGCAAGGUAAAGGUACGGUCUUAUUUUUACGUGUUGCCACUGGUUGAGCAUGGGGUGAUGUUGGGACGAUCAUUCUUAUGCCGAUCGGAGUCCAUCAUCAUCAAUAAGCAUGAUGAGACAAUUUUCAUAAUACUGUGCGAUCCAGUGUGUGGACACUUCGAGGUGAUCAAGUGCUUGAACACCGGGCCUAAGAAUUCGAGGAACAGGUUGAAUCCAGAAUCCUUUAGCUUCGAGGAAGCAGAACAAUUGGUGAGAGAACAAGAGUCAUAUGGGGAGGACGAUGGGGACAACCCGAGGGAGUUUUCCUUAGCUCUUCCCGAUGUUUCACAGGCUUUGGAAUUCGUUUCAACCCACUCUGAGAUCGACCGAAACCUUGUACAAACACUAACUGAGAUUGUGUUUGAAGGUGGUAGCACGGGGAGUAUACACUGCAUGAGUGAAGCUACGAUCUUGGGAUUCCUAUGCGACAAGAAAGGUCGUCGACCGGAUACCAAGAAAACGAAUAAGAUCUUAGAGUCGCCUACUCCGCUUAAGUCUGUUAGUGAGAUAAGGAGUUUUAUCGGGACUUGUGGGUUCUGGAGGAUCUUCAUCCAACAUUUUGCUGCAAGGGUGGAGCACUUACGCAAACGCGUGCGUAAGGGCCAAGAUUGGGAAUGGGGACCAGAUCAACAAAAAGUUGUUGAGGACAUAGAGGCUGAGUUUCGCUGGGGAGGAAUGGUGCUCGGGGUUUCAUGCUUCGAUAACGACCCAGAGCGACCAUUCAUUAUUGAAACCGAUGCAGGACCUACGACUCUAGGAGGGGUCCUUAUUCAAAAGGACGAGAGCGGGGUCGAGCGUCCGUUAAGGUUUGAAAGUAGAACCCUCAACCUCACGGAGAGAAACUAUUCCCAGUUCAAAAGAGAGACUUUAGCGGUGCUUCAUUACCUAAGAAUUUUUCGCAAUUAUGUUUUCGGUCGAAGAUUCGUCCUGAGGGUUGAUCCGACUGCCUUGGCUCAGUCAUUAAGAAAUUAUUCCCCUUCCGAUCCGACGAUCGCAAGAUGGCUUACCUAUAUUUGGAUGUUCGAUUUUGAAGUUGAGAGGAUACCCGGCGUGAAGAAUCGAGCAGACGGGCUAAGCAGAAUCGACUGGGACAACUCCAAGAUUCGACCAGAGGACUCUAUGCUUGUUGACGGAUUUCUGGAGAUCAAGGAAGGUCAACUAAGUAUAAAUUCUUACCAUUAUCUGGUUGAUGCAUCUUGCCGACAAAGGAGGUCUAUGUGGAACGCUCCCAACUUUUAUCAAGUUCGUCCUGAGCUGGUGAAAAAAGAGUUAUUUAUCGAGGAGGAUCCAUGGGGUGAGAGGUCCGGUGAGCAGAUGAUGAGCCUCGCACUCUCUGACUCCGUUCGGUUGUCGGACGACCCCUUGUCAAUUCAAGAAGGUUUCCGACAUGCCGAUGAGGUCCUCAGAGUAUCUGGCGGGACGUGUUUUGUGAUCAACGCAUUAAUUGAGGAAGAUUUGCGGGCAUUGGUACCAGCUGACGAGGACGGUGGGAUGAAAAAGUCCUUUAGAGGAAAUGAGUACGAUGGGAUAUAUAGAGAUAUCGGAUUAGGGUUGAGUAAGGAGGUACGCGAGAAAAGUGUAAAAGGUGAUAUUCGUCGAAAAAGUGAAGAGUUUGUGGUUAGGUACGGCCAUCUAUUUAAGAAAAACGAAGACGGCAUCCCAAAAAGGGUCGUUUGUGGAAUGACGAGGCAAUUAAACGUGAUUGCAGCUCUCCAUGACGGGAUGGCAGGAGGGCAUCGCUCGGCCUGAGUGACGCUCCAGAAGUUACGACAUCUUUAUUUCUGGGACGGUAUGAGUAAAAUGGUUACGGAUUA